AUGGCUGACUCGUCAAUGGAAGAUAUUUACCACCCUGAGGUAGAUGUUGAAUACAUUGAGGACUAUUUACCUGGUGGAUACCAUCCAACUCUCAUCGGAGACACCUUUUCUAGUGGCCGGUACACCGUCGUUCACAAGCUUGGGUUUGGUGGAUAUUCAACAAUUUGGCUCGCCCGGGAUCAGCAAUGCCGGCGCUACGUAUCGCUGAAGAUACUGACUGCGAGAGCGUCAGUAGAUAGCCAUGAGGGGGAAAUUCUUAAUUACCUGAUGAAGAGUGACCUUAAUCAUGCGGGAAAGCGAUUUAUUCCGCCGCUACUUGACCAAUUCUCGUUUCAUAGUCCAAAUGGAUAUCAUCAGUGCUUAGUCGGAGAGCCUGCUGGCGGUAGUAUCGCUAAGUCAAAGGAGGACAGCACAAACUUCAUGUUCCCAACGGAUGCUGCUAGAUCUACUGCCGCGCAGCUCCUUUUAGGAUUGUCCUAUUUGCAUGCAAACGGAAUAUGCCAUGGAGAUCUCCAUUUGCGCAACUUUCUCUUACGCAUACCACACUUCGACGGCCUAAGUACAGCUGAGCUAUACAAGCGUUUCGACAGACCCUAUGAGAUUCCUAUCCGGCGAGUGGAUGGAACACCCAGUGAACCCCACGCACCGACACAUGCCAUCUAUCCCAUGGCUUUGUGCAUGCCUGCCAACGAGCUGGGCGACCCGGAAAUCAUUAUCUCGGACUAUGGAAUAUCCUUUAUUAUGUCACAGACGCCCUCGCCGACCCUCCACACCCCAGCCCUUUACUCUCCACCAGAAGACUUUUUCCACGAACCGAUAAUUCAGCCCGCCGCAGCUGAUAUAUGGACCCUAGGUGUCAACUUGUACGAAGUCUUGGUCAAUACACUGGGCCAACCGCCCUUGAGAUGGUGGAACUCUUGGGAUAAACGCCCCGACUUCUUUGAGCAAGAUGGGCCGUGGGUCGCUGACUUCCGCUGUAUCAGCACUCCUGUCUUCCGACGUCUAUGUCAGCGUAUUUGGGAUAUGGCCCGUGAUGAGACGGAGCAGACGUGCGAGUGGGACAUUGCAGGUGGUGAAGUUCGUGCGUUGGAGGACUUGCUCAGAGCUAUUAUGGCGUUCGAACCUGCAGAUCGACCUACAGCAGACUCACACCUGAGGUCUGAGUAUAUGAUGAAGUGGGCGUUGCCUGCGUGGGAGAGACAGCAAAGGCAGAAAAGUGCUCACUCUAAAGAUGAGAAGCAUCAAGCCUGUCUGCGCACAAGUAGACUAGAAGAAGGGCUGGGUGAUGCGUUAUCCUACUCCAGCGGCUAA